AUGGACGCCUCAGACCCUCUACUCUGUGAGCUCUGCUCAAUCUGCCACGUCAACCCGCCAAAAUACCGCUGUCCGCGCUGCUCAACACGCACCUGCUCCCUCCCCUGCACACGCCGCCACAAACUCUGGUCCCAAUGUUCUGGCGUCCGCGAUCCAGCCGCAUACCUCAAGCGUAGCGAACUCGCCAACGAAGCCGCCUUUGACCGCGACUUCAAUUUCAUCACCGGCAUUGAGCGCACGCUGGAGCGCGCGGAGAGAGAUGUGGAGAAUCGGGGGAUUGAGUUAGCACGCGGACAGGCGCUGCGGAGUGAGGAGGGACAGGAUGACGGUUCUGGUGCGGGUCGCAAGAGAAAACAUCCUGGCCCAGGCCUAGUGAAGGGUGAAGCUGGGUUCUUGCGUGGCGCGGAGGCUGGUCGUGUGAAGGUUCUUCGGGCGCCGAGGGGGAUGUCCAGGAAUAAGCAGAAUACUUCGCGGUGGCAUCCUAAGCACAAGUGUCUCAGCUGGACGGUGGAGUGGAUAUCCGCCGCUGGGGAGAAGACGAUCCGUAAUGCGUUGGAAACAUACCCCAUCUUCGAGGCUUAUGAUCGGGCUUUCCCACUUCCUAAGCAGGAUCGGCCCAGUACGGAUUCGAAGAAAGAGAAAGAUGUCGCCCAGGAGAAUAUCUCUACGGAACAGAAUCAUGCACCCACCGAGAAGCCCGAUAGCAUAGCGCCUACGACUGCUACGACAGAACCCACGGGUUCUGAGCCUUCAAACCCGGAGACAGAUGAACAACCCACCGCACCAGCAGAGCAAGCAGAAUCAAAGCUCCUUCUCGCCCUGCACCGGAAUCUCUACUUCUACCUGCACCGCCCAAGAACAACAACCAAGAAGCCCGUCCUUGUUCCCCUCCCACCACUCGCAAAACUACAGUCUGUCCUACGCGAGCGUACAGUCCUCGAAUUCCCCACUAUCUACGCGCUCCCAGAUUCACCAGAGACCAUUCUCGAGUCGAAAGAAACGUCUCCAUUUAUACUGGAAGAGGAAUAUUUACGGACGGCUUCGCCGGAGGAAUUGGGUGAUAAAUCUGCAGAAGAGCAGGAGGGGACGGGUGAUGGAAAUGAGGUAUCCGGGGUGGAUUUGCAGAAUGUGGAUGAGGAGAAGGUUAUGGAGGUUUUGAAGCAGGAAUUGUUUGAGAGUGUAUAA